GACUUGUCAGGUUACAUUUAGCAGCGAGCGAGGAAAUUACGCUUCGUCGCCAGUUGGAGUGUGCUGCGACUUGGAAGUCAGUUUAAGUUCGCCACUGAAGGCGCAAAGUACACGCGUUAAUCAAACAAAAUAGCAGUAUGUCAGAUGGGGAAGAGGAAAAACUAUGUUUCCACGGCAUUUGGGUUUGGCUAUUGCCUGCCGCUUUUGUCGCUUUCGCCAUAGUGCUAUUCCUCUGGCUGCUGCGUAAGUGCAUACAGGGUCCACGUUAUCGCAAAGAAAAUCGGAUCGAUGGCAAGGUGGUAAUUGUAACCGGCUGCAAUACAGGCAUCGGUAAGGCGACUGCUUUGGAGUUGGCACGUCGAGGCGGUCGCGUUUAUAUGGCUUGCCGUGAUGCAGUGCGUUGUGAAGGCGCGCGUCUGGAGAUUAUCGAGCGCACAGGCAAUCAGCAUGUCUACAACCGUACGCUAGAUCUUGCAUCGUUGGAGUCUGUGCGUCAGUUUGCCGCACGCUUUAUCGCCGAGGAGCAACGUUUGGAUAUUUUGGUGAAUAACGCCGGCAUCAUGGCUACACCGUGCAAACUCACCGUCGAUGGUUUCGAACAGCAGUUGGGUGUGAACCAUCUUGGGCACUUUUUGCUGACGAACCUGCUCCUGGAUCGCCUGAAGGCCUCCGCGCCUAGUCGCAUUGUGGUUGUAAGCUCGGCCAUGUACAUUUUUGGGCGCAUCAAACGUAAUGACUUGAAUAGUGAACGCAGCUACUCGAGCUUCUUUGGCGCCUAUUCGCAGAGCAAAUUGGCUAAUGUGUUGUUUACACGCAAGUUGGCUGAGCUGUUGGAAAGCACUGGCGUUAUGGUGAAUUGCUGUCAUCCCGGCGUGGUGCGCACGGAACUCGUGCGCCACAUUAAGUUCCCCUGCUUUGGCUUGUUGCACUAUCUCGUGCAAUUCUUGUGGAAAUCGCCGGAGGACGGUGCACAAACUCAGCUCCGCUUAGCGCUCGAUCCCGCGCUGCAGCAAUCUUCAGGCGGCUACUACAGCGAUUCAAUACGUUGGCCGCUUUUACCGUGGGCGAAGUGUAAAGAAACGGCUGAUUGGCUGUGGACAGAGAGCGAGAGGUUGGUGGGACUCAAGGAGGGCGCGAAGAGCAGCGAAAUGGAAUCGGUGACAGUGAAUGGCGUGCGCUCUUAGUUGGCUUUACAUUUAAUUACUACUAAUAUACAUAUACAUAUGUAUGUAUGUAUGCACGUAGAUAUUGGUACAAUGUGUGUAGUGAAUGAAAAAAACAAUAAAUAAAUUUAAUAAACGGUUUAUAUAACAAGAGAAUUUAUUUGUGAAAAGAUGUGCCGGUAUGAAGAUUAGCAAUACAUCUUCGGCGGUUCUCCGCACACCGCUUGGCACUCGAUUCGGUUGAUAAAUUGAUUGCUCACAAAGCGGUAAACAAUGGCCAACGCAUGCGAGCACACGCCCCCAUAGAGCAAAUGACGAGUGGGCCGCUCAAAUGUGCUUUCACGCUCAGUCCUCUAUUCGUCUCGCGGUUAGCGUAUUUUGUUGUUCAUCAAUCCAAAAAUUUGCGUCCACAAAUGCCGUAAAUAAACAACUAUGAUCUGCACGUACACAAGUAGGUGCAUAUGUGUAAUGUUUAUAUACUGUUUGCUUACAUUUAUGUACAUAUAUGGAAAUGGGUCUUGGGUGUACAUACAUACAUACAUAAGUAUCUCUCCAAGUGCAUUGAAUAUGUUUUUUUGAUCGACUUGCAAAUUCGUACUGAGUCAGUGCUUCUUCGAACUCAAUUCAU